UUUAUUUUCCUUCCUUCUCUAUCUAGUAAUAUAACACCGUUGUGCUCGAUCGUGUCACAUAAACUAAAACAUCACGAGCUAUCUGCUAAGCUGCUCCAAAGGAUCUGCCGAGCCCGCAUUAUCUGUGAUAUACAGCUCAGCCUCUCGUCCGUCCUAUAAGGGCUGGGCCAAUUGGGGCAAGGAGGCGUAUCCGCAGCAGCUAAGCGGUGAUCUCACCCUGCCCUCUGCCAUAGAGGCAUUAAACACUGCUACCUGCUUUUUGACUGCAUCACUACGAACCAUUGUUACUUAGUCUUUAAUCGAAACAAUAUGCAAUCUGUGAAAAUAAGUAUAAUUCUAGGUGGAUAUUGUAGAAAAUUAUUCUAUUUAUAAAUAAUUGUCUGAUGUCUAAUGUUUCUGUAAUAUUAUGUGUUCCACAUUUAAUUAAGGAUAAUUGUUACUCCAAUAUUGAUACUGUUACCGAACCAAUGCAAUGUAAAAACUCCACCUCAAUGUUGGUGGUGAACACAAAUAAAUUUGGUGCUUGUAAGCGAGUCGAAGAGAAUGAAAGUCAGCAAGUUAGUGUAAAAAUGGUAGAUAAUAAUAUUUAUAAUGUAGAAUUUGUUGAUAGUAUCCAACAAAACCAAAUGAUUGGCGAUAUGCCUAACUACUGCAUUCCUUUAACGAUUAACGCCAUAACAGUCCAGGGUAUCUCAUACAGUGACCCGUAUUUCAGUAGCUUUAACUUAAAAUAUAAGAUGGCGUUGGGAGCGCCAGAAUAUAUGAACAAGUCUGAUUACGCUUUUAAAUCCUCAGUUUGUAUUAUACAUGAACCUUGCUUCGAUAAGACGCAAUUACUUAACGAAAAGUCUUUUCGUGUAAGCAAAACGAAAACUCGAAUGAUUACUUGUGACAACAAGUCUGUUGAAAUAAACCAUGACAAUAAUACAUCGAAAGUUGAUGGUCAAUCUACUUCGAAGCGAGCAAUGAGAACAUUUGCGAAUGGUGAUCUCACAUUUGAUGCGAUGCUAGAACUAGUGGACAGGGAGCAAAGGAUCAUAACUGAUUUGAAGAGAAGUCACCAAGUUGAUUCAUGGGGGGUUCCUCGACGUUUCCGACUGUGCGGUGGUGGGGAAAGCUCUUUGAAUGCAGCAGCUGGAUGGGGCAGUCCACCUUCUUCUAACAAUGCUGGCAAUUGGGGUGGUAAUUCCAGUGGCCAAACAAAUAAUGGGACAAACAACACCCAGCAAUGGAACAACACUGGGCAACGGCCGCCUACAUCACAAGCUGAUUUAAACAGCAACAAGGGUAAUGGCAAUCAAAUGCCACCUACCAAUGUAUCUACAAGCCAAGGUUGGCAGAAUUCUGGCCCAAAUAUGCAAAAUGCUCCACCCAAUAACAAUGGUGCACCUGCGAGCAAUGGUACAAAUAACGGAGGUAAUGGUAAUGGAGCUAAUAAUCCAUCUAAUCCAUCUGCCAAUUCAAAUGGAUCAUCUGUAACCAAUGGCAACGGAAACAAUGGGAACAGCACAUCAUCUGCUAAGAUUGAACAGCUUAACUCUAUGAGAGAGGCUUUAUUUAGCCAAGAUGGCUGGGGUGGGCAACAUGUAAACCAAGAUACCAACUGGGAUGUCCCUGGAUCUCCAGAGCCAGGGUCAAAAGUAGAACCUGCUGCCGGUGGACCACCACCAUGGAAGCCCAACAUUAACAAUGGUGCAUUCCUCGGAACGGACUUGUGGGAAGCCAACUUAAGGAAUGGAGGGCAACCUCCACCACAACCUGCCUCUAAGACCCCAUGGGGACACACUCCGACAACCAACAUUGGUGGUACUUGGGGUGAAGAUGAUGAUGCUGCUGAUUCUGCCAAUGUGUGGACUGGACCUCCACCGCAGCAGCAGUGGCCGGCUGGGCCUCCGCAACAUGCACAACAAUGGGGGGUUCCGAAGAAAGAUGAUUGGAAUGCUUGGGGCGAGCCACAUAGACCUACUGAUCCUAGAUUGGAUCAUCGUUCCCAAGAUCCUAGACAACAAGCCUCUGAUCCGAGACAUGAUCUCCGUGGGGGGAUUUCGGGCAGACUUAACGGUGACAUGUGGAGUCAGCAUCACCAACAUACAGGUGGUCCUAACAAGAUGAUGUCAUCGGCAGGUGUCAACCAGUGGGGCUCACAGGGUCCUAAGGAUCCAAUCAAGUCGUCAGGAUGGGAGGAACCUUCCCCGCCAGCUACUCGCCGUGGAUUCGACGAUGGUACAUCACUUUGGGCACAGCGAGGCAGCAUAGGCGGCAUGCAGGGCCGCGGCAUCCUGAACCAGCCCCUCGCGCCGCAGACCCUCGUGCUCCUCAAUCAGCUCUUACAGCAGAUCAAGGUGCUGCAGCAGCUGGUGCAGCAACACACGCUGGCGCUGUCGAAGGGCAACUCCACUCUGGCGGUGCAGUACUCUGUGCAGAUCAGCAAGGCCAAGCAACAGAUUACAGCGUUACAAAACCAAAUAGCGACGCAGCAGGCGCUGUACAUGAAGCAGCAGGCGGGCGGCGCGGACCUCUUCAAGCAGAACCACGACCCCCUCAACCAUCUGCAGAACAACUUCAACGAUAUCAGCAUCUCCAAGGACUCGCAGUCGGUCAGUCGCAACUAA